AUGCAGUACAAACUUAUCACCACUGCCGCCAUCGUCGCAACGGCCUUGGCUGCCCCAAGCCCAGCCAACACCGAGUCCGACUCCGAUGUCUACAAUCUUGAUACUUCAGACUAUAACUCUCUUUUACUCGACUACUUGAACCCACCCACCUCUAUCCGCUCCGUUCUAGCGACCGCCAUUCCUUCAUCCUUUUACAUGGACAUGAUGGACCCAGCAUCGAGCUCCUCGAUCCUGAGCGACAUCAACGCUGGCAAUUUCCCAGCUUGGUACAGCUCACUGCCCAACAACGUCAAGGCCUGGGCUACCACGGCGUUUGAGGAUGAUGUUGCCACUGCCUCACCCACUCUCUCCAGUGAGAUUCUAGCUACUGCAUCUGAUUCUGCUGCUGCCAGCACCUCUUCUGUCGUAGUUACUAGUGGAACUGGCUCGGCUGCCGCUACUAGCUCCACUGCCACUACCGGCUCUACUUCAGCCGAGGCUACUUCUUCCCAGUCUACUGCCGGUGCUCCUCGCUCUACUGGAGGUGUUGCGGUCGGUGUUGCUGGCGCUGUUGGUGUUCUGGCCCUGGCCAUUGGCCUGUGA